CAGAUCGUUCACCAGUACUUACUGUGCACGUUAAGUUGAACCAGUUGCCAUACCUCUAUUCCUAUAUGUUCAGAGAACGGCUCGUAGGUACAGCCCAUGAGAACGCAGCGUCGUCAUUUAGGGUCUGAGUGCUGUUUUCAUUUCGUUUGGACUUUGAAACUGGACACCAGGCGCUGAAGAGAGGAGUACAGACACUCUAUCAGCGUCAUACUAUUCGUAGGAUGCCCAGAAUUGGGAAAAGCGAAUACAGCGACAGCAGUUUGGCUCAGAAGAACUCCUUGGUUUUAUGGUAGCUGCAAGAUGAGGAGAGGCGUCUCACUGGUGAUAUAGGGAAGAUCACGUAUCAUCUUUUGAUCAAUGAACGGGUCUGCGUGCGCUCCAAAUUGGCGUUACGGGACCCCUUCAUCAGAUGUAGUCGAUCUUGUGUUCGGCAUAUGAGCUUGUUGUUUCAAGAAGCAAAGGCACGGGUGGCUAGAAUGCUGGAACGCAGUGCUGCACAUCUUGCUUUUGGAAACUGGCGAGGAUUAAUCAUCUUCAGUACUUGGAACAGUGGCUGGAUUUUUCAUCACUCUAGAUGAAGUAUGGCCUGAAAAACGAUCACCCUGCAUAUGGAAUAAAUAUUUGAAAUGAACUUCUUAAUCAACCGGCAACAACUUAGCAAACACAGCCUACCAGCAAGAGAUAAAGCUCUGGCUCUGCUGCAUACCGGCAACAAUUUAGCAAACACAGCCUACCAGCAAGAGAUAAAGCUCUGGCUCUGCUGCAUGGAUCUCAACCUAGACUGGGUGUUGUGAAAUUUAAAGUAGCUUUAUUCGAUAAAGUGAUUAUGUCAAGAAUUUGUGAGGGAUGUAAUUUGCUUGCGCUCCGCAGUGGCGAAGGGAUAAUACGUUGAAGUGGCACUCGGAGUGAAGGCUAAUGUGUUUGUUCGCUCCAACUGCACAAGACCGAUGGAGCGUCUAAUGGUGCAUGAUUGCAAUAAUGUUAUGGUAGAAGCGGCAGUAAGCUUGUAUAGUUGACGGUGUGAUGUGCCGUCGACGGAGAUGCGGAGGGCAAGCUUAAUAUGUGGCACUCCUAGAAGGUUGUACCAAGAAUGGCAUACCGUGAGGGCCAGGGAUUGGAACAACAGUUUAGCCCGAAGAGACCCGAGACUGAUCUGUCUGGUGCACUAAGCUUGACCGUGGAAGCAGUGACACUAAUCGGAAAUAUCUUCCCCACUUUAGUGGCGUUUAAGCUGAAGAGGCAAGCCGAACGCACCGCAACCGAUCUCCUGAUCGGCUCUUUAGCAGUGACGGACAUUAUGGCUGUCUUGAUGCCUCUACCGGUAUCUUUACCCAGCUUUAUAGCCCAGGAUUCAUGGACUGGUGGCAAAAGUGCCUGCUUGUAUUAUCAGUUCAUGGUCUUCUGGCUACAGAACAGUGCCAUGCUGCUGGUAACAGCUAUGGCUCUCGAGCGUUUUUUGGCCAUCUGUCUGCCUAUGCGGUAUAAAAGAUGGACAACAAGAACUCGCGUACGGAUUACAAUAGCCUUUGUCUACAGCUUCGCCUUUCUAAUUUCAUGCCUUCCAUUCUUCGGUCUAGCACCCCCUGUAGUGCUGGUGAAGGGUGACGAGAACACUGACUCCUCCAAAGCUCUUUGCCGGUCUUGGAUAUCCUCGGGACCAGACCACUGGCACCAAAGUAUAUUUCCAAUGGUAUUAAUACUGGAAGGUUGGAUCACCAUGGUCUUGGUAUUAAGUUUAAACACUUGCAUCAUUCGGCGACUGACAAGAUUCAGAAGACGAUUAGAAUCGUCCGUAAUUACCUGUCCGAUGAGGCCGAAGGAUAGGCAAGCUGAGACAAAUUGUGACGGUGCAGGGGAAGCGGUGGCCAGCCCGUCUUCAUGCACUGUCGAUGGACGCUCCCUACGGGAAUUCUCCAAGCUAGUUAUCGCGGUUACAGUUCUGUUCUAUUGCACCUGGCUUCCUGUCAUGGUUGUCAUGACGCUGACGCAGUCUGGUGUGGUUGUCAGUCAACUGGUGGCAGUCUAUGCCGUAAUGAGCACAACCCUCAAUGGACUGCUGAAUCCAUUCGUGUAUGGAGCCCUCAGUCGACAAUACAGACAGGGCUAUUUCAGCCUGAUCAACAGCCUUUGGGCACUGUGUGGCGUGCACGGGAAAUGCAAAAGAUGUGUGUCCUCUGAUGCUGAAUCCGAAACUCAACAACAAAGUAACACUUCAUCGUACAAACAAACCACGCAUACCUCGUCAAAAUGCAUUAAUAUUACCGUCAACAACACGCCAGAUGAGCAACCACAUCAAACAAAGAAUGUGAAUCGAAAGGAAACAUCUUUAUGAAAAUUGGGGGGUGUGGUUGAGUGGAAGAGUUUAGUUGGAUGAGGGCACUAAUGCUCAAGGAAAGCUCCACCCGUUCUUGGACGGAAAUCAUACGGGAGCCUUCAUUUUAUAUUUUGUGCUUGAAAUGAUAUCAUUAUUACUGGUUUCACAUUGAUUGCUUUAUCACGCGCACCUUUAUGUAUUUUGGCAUUAGUCAGUUCCACAUACUAGUGACCAUGUGGUUUAUGCUUGCUAUUUCGAUUUUCAUUACACGGUUGCAUCAAACCUAUACAUUUAGGCACAGGGGAAAUAAGGAUGUCAAAUCUACUGAUAUUUAUCCUGAAGAUCACGCCACAAAUCGUAGUUCGGCAGGAUUCCAUAAGCUUCCUUUUCCAAAUAACCUACCUUCCACUGCUCAACUGAUGUAAGUCGAAAAUAAUUCCCUUUUUCUAAUCAAUUUUUGCCAGGCAGGAGGAUGAUCUUCUUAGCAUUAAUGCAAAUCUUCAUGUCUACAACUUAUUUUCAAUCCAAGAAGAGCUACAGGGAAGGUGUACUGAGAAUUGCAUGCACGGAUUAAAAAUGAAGAUGAUGACUGCCAUGGUGUGGUUGAAUUUGAUUGGCGAUGUGUGACAGCUGUAAAGAUAUGGACGGUGAUAAUGAGAGUAGUGGUACUGGCAGUGAUAACACUUUAUUACGGUUUCAAUAAGGACGGCUGUUUACUGUCAUAAGGGCUAUGAGAACACGUAUGAUAGUAAUGAUAAUGGUGACUGUGAUGUAAAUAGCCAUGCAGAUACAUAAUGUCUUCAAUUCUUGUUUGUUUUUAAGACAAACGGAUGAAUAUCAACUUUACAGAGCUCCUAAGCAGAAAGCCUUGUUGGGUAAAAUUAUGUGCUAAUCAAAACCAAACCAUACGCCAUUUUUGUAUUAGGCCUAUAUCACGCAGUAUUUUGCUAGUAACCUGUUUUGGGCAUGGGCAAAACCUUUCUAUGAAAAGCAAAUUUCUCUGCAAAGCAGCUCCAUGAUACUAGCCCCGGCAAUGUUGAAUGGGUCUGUGCACGAAAUAAUAUAAUUGUAUGUAAUUGAUGGCACAUGUAAGUACGCUGGUGAAAUGUCACGAGAAUUAUUAUGCGGUGAGAUUGAAAAUAAGGCCAAAGACAAGGCAAUAAAGGAUUGUGCAGCGAGAACAUCAGUGGGUGGUGUAGGGAAAGUGCAGAAAGGAUUAAGCAAGUGAAGAGGUUUUAUGUAUAAUGUAAGACCAGUUGAAAUGCGGUAAAGAUUAACGUUUAAUAAGAAGAUGGUAUAUAGAUGUAAAUGAAGACCGAAUGAAAAGCAGUCACUUUCAUGAAUAAAUGGAUUGCUUUCAAGAUCUCCUGGCUUACUUCUAGAUAAACACUUGUGUCGCACUUUAGUUUCCACAGACACAUCAUAAGUGCUACAACAAGAUAGGUAUGGCUGAUGCCAAGUUCUGUUUACAGUCUUUCGCCCCCGCAAAAUUAUUUUCUUUCUCAGCCAGUUUGGAAGCUUACUGCGGUACGACGUGAUUGAUUUGGAAGAGGGCACGGAGUCUAUGUGGUGAGUCUUUCGAGAAAGUGAUAAAUGAUAGGCGAAUAAUUGCAAAACAAACAGACAGAGGGAGCUUAAGAACAACAGCAAAGACUAGAUGCAAGGAUAGGCAUGACGAUAGCCAAAUUGAGGGGAUAUCCUUAAACAAAUGUUGACGCGAUUGUGUGAAGUUGAAAAUGUGUCAGCAAACAAAGUAGAAGAUAAUACACCGUCCUGAAAUUUUUUAACAAGUUCACAAAACUUUUGUUCAGCAAAAACCCAAGUCCCCAAGAUCUCGUGAUUAGACAUGUGCAAGUUUUUUUUCUUUUGCAAAUGUGAUAACCUGACCGGCAAGAUAAACUUUAAUCUGCCUGGACAUUAACAUUUGGCGGUGACACUGUUGCAUGGGAAACCCUCCCAACAGAUGCCUGCAGCCUGAGCGAUAUUGGAAGAGAUACAUAGGGCGGAAAUGAAAGAGAACAGGCCUACGACUAAAGAAAAUGAGGCAAAAGGGUUCUAAAUAGCAGCGUCGAAAGAAUGGAGGUAGUAGACAUGGGAAACUGUUUGAUUAUAGAAAAUUAGAAGGGAGAUUGUGCGCGUGAGGACGGUGGUGACAGUAAACAGACCUCGAUCAUGACGAACAGCGAUAGCUGUCCGCAAUUACUGCUGGGGAUAAUGAGAAAAUGAAGACACGAGGGAAGGAUCACUGUGUCCAGUUCGUAAGUGACUUCGUCAAAAAGGCGGACGCGACACGAUUUUUUAGGCUCCCGUUGGACAAUUGCUGACGUUGCGCGUUAACUUCCAGUUCCAUGGUUCCAUGUAAACGGCGAUCAAUGCAUGUAACCCUGUGUGCAGUGCAUGUGCAGUGGGCGUGGUUAAAACGGAAGUGACGUCACACUUACGAACCAGAUUCUGAUGAGGGAGAUGAUGAUGAUCUAUGGUAUAAGGAGAACCGAUGAGAUGCGUUGGGGGUUUAUGUCUUAAGACAGUGUGACCAUCUUGUUUCAACAUUAUAAAAGACGUGAUGAAUAAAAAGGUUCGAAGAAACUGACAGUCGUGAGAAGCUUUUAAAUUGUGCAUUGGGCGAUGAGCAUGUAUAAGCCUAAGUUGUUUUGACCCUAUAUAUGUAGUUUCCAAACUUAUCAUCGGUUUGUGCUGGGACCCUCAACAUUCUGUCAGACAGACUUCAAUGGUAAAAUGUAAAGAUGAGGAUGUUGAAGAGUUGAAUUUCUUAAUGUGGUAUUGAAGGUUAUGAGGACAACGUGUUCUAGCGACGAUGAUUAAAUAAGUGGUGGUGAAGAAGGAAGUAAGGGAGAUGCUGUCCCUGAUGAUGGCAGGUGUGGUACUAGUGGUGAUGGUGAGGGUGUCAAUCGUGAUGUGGUAUGGCGACAGAAGCAACGAUCAAUUUAAUAACAAACAUGAGUUAGUGGUGGCUGUGGUGAGAGUGUAAACUGAUGGGCUGAUUAUGUUAACAGUGAUAAUGAUUAUGAUUUGCGAUGGCGAAAACAAGUAUAGUGAGGUGGUGAUUGUGGUGGUGGCGGCGGGUGUUAUGUGGUUAUAGAUUAAGUUACGUCUGUUGAAUUCUGCAAUAGCCAUGUCUGGUUUACAAUGCUUUUAUAUCCGUUAUGUUCCAUCUUUGCUGGGUCAAUGUUUCGACAAUUUUGUGCAGAACGAAACGACAAUAAAUACCACAAUGAAUGAACUUA